AGUCCCAACCAGCUGCCAUGCAGGCCAGGCGCCGUCCGCUCCCUCGGGCUUCCAUGCUGCUGCUGCUGCUGCUAUGGCUGGGCACGUGGCCCGACGGCUGCGGGGCGCAGCGGGCGCCGGCUUGGCGGCAGCAGAUCCGCUGGGAGAACCGGGGCCGCCGCUACCGCCUCUCCAACAGCGCCGCCCAGUUCUUGCCGCCCCGACGGCCCGCCGCCCCGACGGCCGAGCAGACCCUCUACCUGAGCGCCGACGGGGCGCCCGCGGGAAGGGGCGCCCGGGAAGGCUCGGGAACCGGGACGGCAGUCGGACGAGGCGGCGGCGCUGAGUCCGGGAAGCCCAGCUUCGACGGGGCGUCCGCCUCGCCUCCUUCCCGCCCGGGGACCCGGAGGGGUGGAGGGCGCGACGGACCCUCCCGGGGGGAGCCUCGGAGGCCCUGGCUCUCCCCGAACAGCGUCUACGACCGGCCCGACGUCUCGGCCGGCCCAGCCCGGCGGAGACCGGGCUAUGGGACGCUCCGCUUCCACCACGGUCUGCCAGACUUGAUCCCUGAUCCGUAUUUUCUACAAGCAUCCACCUACAUCCAAAAAGUCCAAAUGUAUGCCUUGGAAUGCGCAGCUGAAGAAAACUGCCUAGCAAGAUCCGCUUACCGACCUGGGGUGAGUCAGAUCAGCUCCCGCGUCCUGCUUCGCUUCCCCCAAAGAGUGAAGAACCAAGGAACGGCGGACUUUCUCCCGGUGAAGCCGCGACACCAGUGGGAGUGGCACAGCUGUCACCAGCAUUUCCAUAGCAUGGAAGCCUUCAGCAGCUAUGACCUUCUGGACGCCGUAUCUUAUGAGAAGGUGGCUGAGGGCCACAAAGCCAGUUUCUGCCUGGAGGACACCUCUUGUGACGUGGGUGUCCAACGACGCUAUGCAUGCACUGCUCACGUUCAGGGUCUGAGCCCAGGCUGCUACGAUACCUACCAUGCCAAUAUCGACUGCCAGUGGAUUGAUAUUACUGACGUUCCUCCCGGAAACUAUAUCCUCAAGGUGACCGUCAACCCUGAUUUCCUGGUGGCCGAGUCGGACUUUUUGAACAAUGUCGUCCAGUGUGAUAUUGUGUACACGGGAGUGUAUGUCGACACACAAAACUGCCGAAUUACAAGCAGUUUCUGAAAGGAGACCCCCCCCAGCCCAGGAUCCAAGCAUCUUUGAGGGGCUCUUGUUUUCGCCAAGGGCACCUGGAUCCCAAGACAUCCCCUUCAACCUCAACUCUCUGCUGAGAAGAAGGAGAGAAUGAAGACCCAAGAGGUCGCCUGGCUUGACUCUGGGCCCACUUUCUGGGGCGUAGAACCAAAGUCUUGCUGGCCUAUUCGCCCACCUGCAAGAAGCAAUUGCCUUCAGAGCCUGUUGCAGAGAAAACAAAUGCACCCCUCGCCUUUUUGCCUUGAGCGUUUCUGUCAAUAUCCUGCCCAAAAAUACCCCUAUAAAUAUCUCUGGCUAUA